AAGCUUUUAAAGUUUCAACCACCCAUCUUUCAACAACCGCACCAACUCGCUCAAGAUGACAGACAUUGCUACCUCAUACGCUGAAUUUCAAACACUGAGAAUCACAUCUCCAAGCGAGCAUGUCCUUCACGUGGAACUCAACAGGCCAAAACAAAUGAACAGCAUGAAUCACCAAUUCUGGCAUGACAUGCGGGACGUGUUCAGACGUAUUCGUGCUGAUACCAAUGUCCGUGCUGUAGUCAUCUCUGGGGGAGAAUGCAGGAUGUUUACAGCUGGGCUUGACCUCAAGGCCUUUGGGUCCACCUUUACUACCGGCGACGAAGAUCCAGCACGUAAAGCGCUCAACUUCUUGCCCCUCGUUCACGACAUGCAGGAAUCUUUUACGGCAAUCGAAAACUGUAUGCGGCCGGUUAUUGUUGCUGUGCAUGGAGCUUGUAUUGGCGGAGGAAUUGAUUUGAUUACGGCUUGUGAUAUACGGUUUGCCACCAAGGAUGCCUUUUUCUCGAUCAAGGAGGUCGAUAUUGGUCUCGCUGCAGAUAUUGGCACCUUGCAGAGACUGCCGAAAGUUGUUGGCAACGACAGUUGGGUCCGAGAACUGGCGUUCACUGGCCGUAACUUUGGUGUUGCCGAAGCCCUCCAAUUCGGUCUGGUCAGCAAAAUAGUUGAAAAUAAGCAAGAUCUCGUGGCGGAGGCCAUUAAAACAGCUACAUUCAUCGCCACCAAAUCGCCCAUAGCCGUUGUAGGAACAAAGCAAGUUCUAAACUAUUCACGGGAUCAUACAACAGCAGAGGGACUGCAGUAUGUUGGACUGUGGAAUGCGGCUAUGACGAACACCCAGGAUAUUCCUAUUGCAAUUCAAGCGAAUCUGGCCAAGACGAAGCCUGUUUUCCCGAAAUUGUAGAAUGUAGGCUUUAUACAGAUCUGUAGAAAUUACUGCAGAAUAUUAGGAGCAUGCGUAGAAUACGCGAUGAAGAACGCUGUCAGUAUCAUUGGGCAGCUUGAGGAAUUAAGAGUACGGUCAAUGGGUAGACGUGUCCAUGAUAUACCGCCCAAAUGGCGAAAUCACCAAUCUGGAAAAAUUGCUGCCUCACAUCAACAGUGGCCCGCGUAAGGAAGA